GCCGGGCAGUGCAGGGGCCUCGCUCCCCUGGCUGCUGUGUGGGUCGGGAGGUGGCUGCCAGCCCAGCCCCAGGAGACCCGCGCCCGCCAUGGUGCCCUGCUGGAACCACGGCAACAUCACCCGCUCCAAGGCGGAGGAGCUGCUCUCCAGGACGGGCAAGGAUGGCAGCUUCCUCGUGCGUGCCAGCGAGUCCAUCUCCCGGGCGUACGCGCUCUGCGUGCUGUAUCGGAACUGCGUUUACACUUACAGGAUUCUGCCCAAUGACGACGAUCAAUUCACGGUUCAGGCAUCCGAAGGUGUCCCCAUGAAGUAUUUCACCAAGCUGGACCAGCUCAUCGAGUUCUACAGGAAGGAGAACAUGGGCCUGGUCACCCACCUGCAGUACCCGGUGCCGCUGGAGGAGGACGAUGCUGGGGACGAGCCGGAGGAGGAGACAGAAGCUGUCCUGUCUCCACCCGAGCUGCCGCCCAGAAACAUCCCUUUAUCCACGGGGCCCAGUGAGGCCAAGGAGAGCCCUGUUUCCACGGAGAACCCGAGAGCCACUGAGGUUAGCCGGCCCAGCCUCUCCGAGACCCUGUUUCAGCGACUGCAGAGCAUGGACACCAGCGGGCUUGCGGAAGAACAUCUUAAAGCCAUCCAAGAUUACCUGAGCACGCAGCUUGCUCUGGAUUCUGACUUUGUGAAGACAGGCUCCAGCAGUCUCCCGCAUCUGAGGAAGCUCACCGCGCUUCUGUGCAAAGAUCUCUAUGGGGAAGCGGUACGGACCCUCCCGGCCCUGGAAUCCCUGCAGAGGCUGUUCGAUCAGCAGCUCUCCCCGGGCCUCCGUCCUCGACCUCAGGUGCCUGGGGAAGCCAAUCCCAUCAACAUGGUGGCCAAGCUCAGCCAACUGACAAGCCUGCUGUCCUCGUUGGAAGACAAGGUCAAGGCCUUGCUGCACGAGGGUCCUGAGUCCACCCACAGGCGUUCCCUCAUCCCUCCGGUCACCUUCGAGGUGAAGUCGGAGUCGCUAGGAAUUCCCCAGAAACUGCAGCUCAAAGUGGACGUUGAAUCUGGAAAACUGAUCGUUAAGAAGUCCAAGGAUGGUUCUGAAGACAAAUUCUACAACCACAAGAAAAUCCUGCAGCUCAUCAAGUCUCAGAAGUUUCUGAACAAGCUGGUGAUUUUGGUAGAAACCGAGAAGGAAAAGACCCUGCGGAAGGAAUACGUUUUUGCUGAUUCCAAGAAGCGGGAGGGCUUCUGCCAGCUCCUGCAGCAGAUGAAGAACAAGCACUCGGAGCAGCCGGAGCCCGACAUGAUCACCAUCUUCAUCGGCACCUGGAACAUGGGUAACGCCACCCCUCCCAAGAAGAUCACGUCCUGGUUUCUCUCCAAGGGGCAGGGGAAGACGAGGGAUGACUCUGCUGAUUACAUCCCCCACGACAUCUAUGUGAUCGGCACCCAGGAGGACCCCCUGGGAGAGAAGGAAUGGCUGGAGACCCUCCGAAACUCCCUGCAAGAAAUCACCAGCAUGACUUUUAAAACAAUCGCCAUCCACACCCUGUGGAAUAUCCGAAUCGUGGUGCUGGCCAAGCCGGAGCACGAGAACCGGAUCAGCCACAUCUGCACGGACAACGUGAAGACGGGCAUCGCCAACACGCUGGGAAACAAGGGAGCUGUGGGGGUGUCCUUCAUGUUCAACGGCACCUCCUUGGGGUUUGUGAACAGCCAUUUAACUUCGGGAAGCGAAAAGAAACUCAGGCGAAACCAAAACUAUAUGAACAUUCUCCGGUUUCUGGCUCUGGGAGAUAAGAAGCUGAGUCCUUUUAACAUCACUCACCGGUUCACCCACCUUUUCUGGCUCGGCGACCUCAACUACCGUGUAGAGCUGCCCACCUGGGAGGCAGAAACCAUCAUCCAGAAGAUCAAGCAGCAGCAGUACAGCGACCUCCUGGCCCACGACCAGCUGCUCAUGGAGAGGAAGGAGCAGAAGGUCUUCCUGCACUUUGAGGAGGAAGAAAUCACGUUCGCACCCACCUACCGCUUUGAAAGACUGACCCGGGACAAGUACGCCUACACGAAGCAGAAGGCCACCGGGAUGAAGUACAACUUGCCCUCCUGGUGUGACCGAGUCCUCUGGAAGUCGUACCCCCUGGUGCACGUGGUGUGCCAGUCCUACGGCAGCACCAGUGACAUCAUGACCAGUGACCACAGCCCUGUCUUUGCCACGUUUGAGGCAGGGGUCACCUCCCAGUUUGUCUCCAAGAACGGGCCCGGGGCUGCGGACAGUCAAGGGCAGAUCGAGUUUCUCCAGUGCUACGCCACGCUCAAGACCAAGUCCCAGACCAAAUUCUACCUGGAAUUCCACUCGAGCUGCUUGGAGAGUUUUGUCAAGAGUCAGGAAGGAGAAAACGAAGAAGGAGCCGAAGGAGAGUUGUUGGUGAAGUUUGGAGAAACCCUUCCAAAGCUGAAGCCCAUCAUCUCUGACCCUGAGUACCUGCUGGACCAGCACAUCCUGAUUAGCAUUAAGUCCUCUGACAGCGAUGAGUCCUACGGCGAGGGCUGCAUUGCUCUGCGGUUAGAAGCCACGGAAACUCAGCUCCCCAUCUACACACCUCUCACCCACCAUGGCGAGAUGACCGGCCACUUCCGUGGGGAGAUCAAGCUGCAGACCUCCGAAGGCAAGAUGAGAGAGAAGCUCUAUGACUUUGUGAAGACCGAGCGGGACGAGUCCAGUGGACCCAAGUCUCUGAAGAGCUUCACCGGCCACGACCCCAUGAAGCAUUGGGAACCUGCCAACAGGUGUGGUGGCUCCGCCCUCACUGAAAUCAUCAACCCCAACUACAUGGGGAUGGGGCCCCUCGGGCACCUGAAGCAGGUCCUGUCCCCUGACCUUCAGCCCACAGCCUGGAGCUACGACCAGCCGCCCAAGGACAACUCCCUAGGCCCAGGAAGGGGAGAGACCCCUCCAACCCCUCCCUCCCAAGCGCCCGUCUCACCGAAGAAGCUGUCGUCCUCAUCCCGGGGCCCCGGCCCCAGGACACAGGAAUCAAGCUCCAGGCCCGGGGACGUGGGGAAGAACCCCGCCGAGGCCUCGCCGCCCGCGGACCCGGACCUGACCAAGCCCGAGAUGUUCGAGAACCCUCUGUAUGGGUCCGUGAGUUCUUUCCCCAAGCUGGCUCCCCGGAAGGAACAGGAGUCCCCCAAAAUGCCGCGGAAGGAGCCCCUGCCCUGCCCGGACCCGGGAGCCUUGUCCCCCAGCGUCCUGCUGCCCAAGCCCCCCGAGGCCGAGGGCGGCAAGGCGGGCGCCAAGCCGGGGGCCGCCUUCCUGAGCCCCGCGCCGCGGCUGCGCUCCUUCACCUGCUCGUCCUCGGCCGCCGGCCCCGCCGCGGGCCCCGCGGGCGGCGACAAGGGCGCGGGGAAGCCCAAGGCCCCGCCCGGCGCGCCGGGCCCGGUGCCGGUGCCGGUGCCCACCAAGCGGCCCGUCAAGCCCUCCCGGUCCGAACUGAGCCAGCCGGGCCCGGCCGCCCCCGCGCUGCUGCGGCCGCCGCUGCCGGUGAAGAGCCCCGCGGUGCUGCACCUGCAGCACGCCAAGGGCCGCGACUACCGCGACCACAGCGAGCUCCCGCACCACGGCAAGCACCGGCCGGACGACGCGCCGCUCGGCAGGGCCGCCACGCAGUGAAGCCCUGGAGAGCUGCCAGAGAGACGGGAGCCCAGAGGAGCAGCUGGACGCACAGACCCUCUCCCGGGCCCCCCGUGGCCUCCUCCUCCCCAGCUGCCUGUGCAGAGCUUCAUGUUUUCCAGUAGAGCACCCGGCUUCGGUGGCUCGGGAGCUCAGAACCCAGUGCUGAGGCUGGAAGGCACAGGGACCAGAUGGUCCACAGAGAAGCCACAUACCUGAGCCCCAGCUUGAUCUUGGUACUCGGGACCCAAGAGCCUGUUCUGGUUGCGUUUUGAAGAAGGCAACUAAAGCACCGAUUGGGGGUGGAGCAACAUAAAUAAUAAUACUAUUAAUAAUAAUAAUGGCUACAUGUGUGGCGCCCUGAUCAUGUGCUAGCCACCGUGCUGAGUGCUCAAAGGAACAAUGGAGGCUUGAAUCUUCUUCAGUCAACCAAAACCACGUCCCCAGACCCCAGUUCAAUUCUAUGUCCUGAGCGGUUUGGGCAAAGCAUUAAUUAAGGUCAGCCCCGGAGUGAGAUGGGCUGGGCCUCUCGGGAGCAGAAGGUGAAUGGUUCACAGAACAACCCGACUCUGUCGAAUGUCAGAGAUGCCAAGUGCUUUAGCCAAUGCUCCGGAGGUUCCAGCAGGACUGACACAGAGCAGGGGCCCCUCUGGCUCCUCCAGAUUGUUCAGUUGGAUGGAGAAGACACCUCACCAGCAGCGAAGAGAUCCGCGUCAACCCAGCUAGAGCCCCGGCCUGUGCCACACCCUUGCACCUUUCUCAAGGUGGGCCUCCACCUUCAGGCCAUGUGUCACGCGAGCCCCAGCAACGGUCUCCUCAUGCUAACACAAGUCUUGGCUGUUGCUUUUGUGGUCCAGACUGGCCGCCAGGCAGGAUGAACUUCUACCAAAAGGCCCUAGGACAGUGCUGCCUCCAGGGCGCCCACCCUGCUUCCUUGGUUGCUAGGAGAGUAGAUUAGUCAUAUCUUUAUUCAUACGUGGCUUUUUGACAUGGCAAUUUAGAAAGGAAUUUGAACCAAAUAUGUGUGUGCAGGUGAAUAGGUACGAACCUUACUUCCCCACUUGUCCGUCUGCAUGACCAAUAAACCAUGUCUUUCU